AGAAGCCUGUGACGGGAACCAAACCUCUCUAGUCUGAGGCUGGAACGCUGACAUAUGCUGGAUGGAAGAGGAAGUCCGAACUGAUCGUUAAAUAUUUGACCAGCAAGAGAAAGAGAAAGCAAUGAGAAACAAAAGCAAACUUCAUGUUGGAGUCACGGGGCCAUCUACUCUGGCAAGGCCACGUCAGCCACCGCCAAAUGGAGCUAAGGUUUCAAUUAAAUCUUUGUGGACAAAGGGCACACAUGGCAUCCUCAGAUAACGGGUGGCAAUAAAUCCAGCAGCACAUCCACUUUCAGAGAAGAGUCCCUGCUGAACUGCCAAGAGCCGCCGAUACCUCGCUGAGUACCUCGCACAGGUGGCCCGUCAGAAUUUCUCCCCUCUGCUGCAAAGGCUGCAGGAGACCUAUACCUGUAACAGGAUUCUCCCUGAGAACCUGGCGGAGAAGACGCCCCUAGCCCAGCCCAGCCCAGCCCAGCCCAGCCCAGCCCAGCCCACACCAUGCUCAGGGCAGUUUUGGAUGUUCCUCAGCAGUUGCUGAAGAAGGGAAGAGAGUCCCGGAAGCUGGUGCUGCUGGUGGUGUUCGUCGCUCUGCUCCUGGACAACAUGCUGCUCACUGUGGUGGUGCCCAUUGUGCCCACCUACCUGUACGCCAUAGAGUUCAAAGGAGUCAACACGUCUCUGUACCUCGGCCCCACCGCAGCCUCCCAGCACACCCUCACUCCUGCCUUUUCCGCCAUCUUCUCCUUCUUUGACAACAACACCGUAUCUACUGAAGGAAGUGUGCCUGGUGGCAUAGCCUGGACAAGUGGCACUUCUGGCACCACCCCUCCUCCAGUCACUGAAGCCAUGCCAGCACAUAAAAACAACUGCUUUCAAGGCACAGAGUUCCUGAAGGAAGAGAACAUAUGGGUCGGGGUUCUGUUUGCUUCCAAGGCUCUGAUGCAACUCCUGGUCAACCCGUUUGUGGGGCCUCUCACCAACAGGAUUGGAUAUCACAUUCCCAUGUUCGCUGGCUUUGUUAUCAUGUUUAUCUCCACAAUUAUGUUUGCUUUUUCUGGUACCUAUACCCUGCUCUUUGUGGCCCGAACCCUUCAAGGCAUUGGAUCUUCAUUUUCAUCUGUUGCAGGCCUUGGGAUGCUGGCGAGUGUCUACACUGAUGACCACGAGAGAGGGCGUGCCAUGGGGAUUGCCCUGGGGGGCCUGGCUCUGGGAGUGCUGGUGGGUGCCCCCUUCGGAAGUGUGAUGUAUGUGUUUUUUGGGAAGUUCGUACCCUUCCUCAUCUUGGCCUUCCUGGCGCUCCUGGAUGGAGCACUCCAGCUGUGCAUCCUGCACCCUUCCAAGAUUUCUCCUGAGAGCGUCACGGGGACUCCUCUCCUCACACUUCUCAGAGACCCUUACAUCCUGGUGGCUGCAGGCUCCCUCUGCUUCGCCAACAUGGGAGUGGCCAUGCUGGAGCCCACACUGCCCAUCUGGAUGUUGCAGACCAUGUGUGCACCAGAGUGGCAGCUCGGUUUAGCUUUCCUGCCGGCCAGUGUGUCCUACCUCAUUGGCACCAACCUCUUUGGCGUGUUGGCCAACAGGAUGGGUCGGUGGCUGUGUGCCCUGAUUGGGAUGGUGGUAGUAGGUACCAGCUUGCUUUGUGUUCCUCUCGCUCAUAAUAUUUUUGGUCUCAUUGGCCCCAAUGCAGGGCUUGGCUUUUCCAUAGGCAUGGUGGAUUCCUCCAUGAUGCCCAUCAUGGGACACCUGGUGGACCUGCGCCACGCCCCCGUGUAUGGGAGCGUCUACGCCAUCGCCGACGUGGCUUUUUGCAUGGGCUUUGCUAUAGGUCCAUCCACCGGGGGUGCCAUUGUGCGGGCCAUUGGCUUCCCCUGGCUCAUGGUCAUCAUCGGGGUCACCAACAUCAUCUACGCUCCUCUCUGCUGCUACCUGAGGAGCCCCCCAGCCAAGGAGGAGAAGCUUGCAAUUCUGGGCCAGGACUGCCCCAUGGAGACCCGGACGUAUGCGGCCCAGAGGCCCGCGAGGGAGUUCCCCCUGGGGGAGGACAGUGAUGAGGAGUAGCAGCAGACACUGGUCACAGGAGGCUCAGACUUCAGCGACCGCCUCUUUCUCUGGAGCCAGAUGACCGGGGGCUUCCCUGCUCUGGCCCCUGGCUGUCCCUUCCCUCCGCUCCCACGGGCGCUGUUCUCCGGUUCUCUUCUCACCUGUGGAGCCCGGAGCUCCCCGUCUAAGCCUCGAUCCUUUGUGGGAGGACGGAGGGCUGCCUCCUCCAUCCUCCUUGAGGCUGGAACGGGUUCCGCGAGGGGUGACUCACUUCCUGGAGGCGGCAGUGAGCACAGUGUUCCCUGGACCCGGGGGCGGGGGGGGGGGUGGCGGACCAGCCGCGCUCCGUCUGUUAUCUGAUUUCCUUUGGCCCCUUCCCAACAGACCACAGGAGUUUUAUUCUCUCCUCCUCGGUGUGGUCCUCCUCCCUGAGUUGUCCCUGAUGAGUUGAGGAUGUGUCCUCAACAUUGUAUUGCCACCAAAUCGCCAAUUUGGGGACUGUCCGGGCUGGUUUUUACAAACUGAGUGUUUGUGGUUUGGGUUGAUCUGUGGCCACACCUGCAGCUGCUCGAGUGAGUCUGCCCUCAGGGAAAGGAGGGCGUCUGUCUUCUUUAUCACCAAGUGCAAAGGGAAAGAGCCAGUUUCUUUUAUGCCUGCGUUAUGACAUUCUCAUGACUUCCCCUGCGGGUUUCUACCUUCCCUUAAAUUUCCUAGAUUCUUAGAAGUAAAUGUAGGAAGACAGAAAACUCAAUUAACGCCAGGAUUGUAUGGGAGGAAACGUAAAGCCACUGCCCCGAAAUCCCUUCCAGCUGUGGCUUUCCUAAUUUGAGGAUUAAAAUCAAUGAGACAGUUGUUCACAGUUGCUGACGAGUAAGUUAUUCCCUGACUCAGACAUGGCAAGCUGGUUGCUGUUCUGCAGCAAAAGAGAGUGUGUGGGCACAUACGGUAUGUACUAUACGUAUUUUGAUAUUUUGUUCCCUUUUUGAAAUAGCUGCUAAGAGAUGGAGUUUCAAAGAGAUGGAAGACAAGGCACCCAGCCUUCUGACUAGCUUGGGGCAAACUGGAUGUACACCGAAUAAAAAUGCUUG